UUCAUCAUCAUGACUCUUGAGGAAGUUACCACUGUCCAGAAGCCCGUCGAGAGAGCCCAGUGCACCGGGCAAGCUCUGGCAGAAGCUCUGGAAACUGCCAAAGCCACUGACUGCCUGACCAUCGGCGUCUACGAGUCUGCUAAAGUCAUGAAUGUCGACCCUGACAGCGUGGCUUUCUGCGUCCUUGCUACCGACGAGGAGUUCGAGUGUGAUAUCGCACUCCAGAUUCACUUCACCCUCAUCCAGUCCUUCUGCUUCGACAACGACAUCAGCAUCGUGAGAGUCAGCGACAUGCAACGCCUGGCUGAGAUCGUUGGUGACAAAGCCGAACAACUCGAAGAUGCCCACUGCGUCCUCAUCACGAACCCAACCGAAGGUUCUUGGGAGGACCCAGCACUGGAGAAGCUGCACCUGUUCUGUGAAGAAAGCCGCAGCCUGAACGACUGGGUCCCAGAGAUCACUCUGCCUGAGCGUUGAUCUGGGGCCUGUGCUCUUCUCUGAACCGAGAUGCUGAAAGUCUCACCUUGAAGGAAUACUCAUCCUACCUGACAGGAUGAU